GUCGGUACGCGUGCGUUAUCAGCCUCGUGGUGCGUUACCCAUUAACUCGCCUGACGGCCGCGUCAAACCUUCUCAUCACGGAAAGGAAUGAGAAUAUAAACUUGAGUUUAGCGUUAAUAGAGGUCCGAUUCAUUUGAAGUGGAAGGCUGGCAGCGAAUGAACGUUCGUUCAUUUGCUGCCAGCCUCCCACUUCAAAUGAACUGGACAUCAAUCGCCAAGUACGCACGAUUCAUUUAUUGGUGUUAAACAAGAGUGGCGUGUUGAUCGCCUGAAAUCUUUGACAAGCCCCGUCGUAAAUAUUUAUGGCUCCGGCUGUUUGCAAAGCAAUGUCUACCGGCCAAGGUGCUUCAUGUUUUUAUUUCAUAUCUGGUCAAUAACAGCGCGGAAAAUUCAAGUAACACGCACAAGAAAAACGGAAGAAUUUUAAGUUCACGUGACUUGAUGGAAAAACAGCCUCGCUGUAAGAGAGAGAGACAAUAAAUGUAGCAUUCAUAAUUUCAAUUAAAAUGAACCAAUAACAGACACAACGUAUGGAGGACAAGCACUCACUCAGACAUUUUAUCAUGUAGAACAAACUCUGCUAAAAAAGCUUGAAAAAAUAAUGAAUUAGUUCAAAAGUGCAAGUCUUUAGCAUUCAGAAACACUAAAAGAAAUGAAUAAAAACAUUGGGGUGGUCAGUAAAUGUUAAUUUUAUAGACCAAGUGCAGGGGAAAAAUAUGGAAUCAUGAGAAACAAAGAAAUAACCAUCAAAAUACAUUUCUUGCAUUUAGUAACACCACCUGUGGGUUUUUUUCCAAACGGACCCGAAAAAUUUUCAGUUUGUCCGUAAACGGCAAUUUUUAAAAAAAUUCCAAAAUGUAUCUAGUCCUACAGAUUUUGACCAAAUCACAUAAGUUGGGCAUAAAAGUUGUUUACAGUUCCCGGGAAAUUUGGUAAAAACUUUCCCAUUCAUUUUUAAUGGAAAAUUUCCCAUUCACUUCCAAUGGAAUUUCCAAUGGAGUUAAAAUUGCAUUGAUUCCAUUGACGGCCAUGUAUGUUGAAUCUAUUGAUGCUAAUGUACUGGGAUUCCAUUGAUGCCAAUGUUACUUGAUGCAAUUGACGGCCAAGGAUGUCCAAAAAUUUUUCCCAUUCAUUUUCAAUGGGGAAAAAAAAAUUUGUCCCCAAAUCAACAGGAAAUGACCAGAUAUGAAUAGGAUGUAUCCCCCAAACUUCCCAGAUUCCAUUGACGCUUAUGGAUGGUGCUGCCAUUGACGGCCAUGGACGUCCAAAAUUUUUCCCAUUCAUUUUCAAUGGGAAAAAAAAAAUGUCCCCAAAUUAACAGGACAUGACCAGAUAUCAAUAGGCCGUGUCCCCCAAACUUCCCAGAUUCCAUUGACGCUUAUGGACGGUGCUGCCAUUGACGGCCAUGGACGUCCAAAAUUUUUCCCAUUCAUUUUCAAUGGGAAAAAAAAAUGUCCCCAAAUUAACAGGACAUGACCAGAUAUCAAUCAGCUGUGUCCCCCAAACUUCCCAGAUUCCAUUGACGCCUAUGGACGGUGCUGCCAUUGACGGCCAUGGACGUCCAAAAUUUUUCCCAUUCAUUUUCAAUGGGAAAAAAAAUGUCCCCAAAUUAACAAGAAAUGACCAGAUAUCAAUAGGCCGUGUCCCCCAAACUUCCCAGAUUCCAUUGACGCUUAUGGACGGUGCUGCCAUUGACGGCCAUGGACGUCCAAAAUUUUUCUCAUUAAUUUUCAAUGGGAAAAAAAAUGUCCCCAAAUCAACAGGAAAUGACCAGAUAUGAGUAGGAUGUGUCCCCCAAACUUCCCCGAUUCCAUUAACGCUUAUGGACGGUGCUGCCAUUGGCGGCCAUGGACGUCCAAAUUUCUGCAUCAUUUCCAGUGGCAUUUAAUUUGUUUAAUGCCAUUGACUGGCAUAUUUGUCCAUUGUAUUGACAGCCCUGGGCGGGGAUAAGAUCUGUAUAGCCACACAGCAAAGACUCAGAGUAAUAUCUCUAGAAAUUGCAGUUUCUUGUUUCAUAUUGCUAUUUUACACCCCGCCCACUCCCAGGCGUCGUAAAAAUAAAUAAAUCAAUCAACACAAAAAAAGCACAAAGUGUGCACUGGCUUCUGCUCGUGUGACCAUUGGACUUUGUGUGAGGUGAUAAACACCUGUUCGAUUCGGGGGUGGGGGGUCCGAUAAGUGGGAGGAGAGACAGGAAAGACAGGUGAUAUAAGUCCAGGUCUUCAGCUAGCGUGCAUACUCAGGUCAUUAGCCACCAACGCGCGGUUGGUCUUUCUCAGAAAUCCGGACAGAGCUUCCUGAUCUCCGCUUUUGGAUCUGAGGGCGGGUGGGGCGGGAGGGCUUUGAUCAUGGAUCCCAUCGUGGAAGUAGUGGCAUUGUUUCUGGGCUUUCUGGGCUGGGUGAUGGUGGGAGUGGCGCUGCCCAACCGCUACUGGAAGACCUCCACGGUGGACGGCAAUGUCAUCACAACGUCCACCAUCUAUGAGAACCUGUGGAUGUCCUGCGCAACGGACUCAACUGGAGUCCACAACUGUCGGGAGUUCCCGUCCCUCUUGGCUUUGAAUGGUUACGUCCAGGCGUCCCGCGCCCUUAUGAUCACGUCGGUGGUGAUGGGCGCCUUUGGCCUGGUGGCGGCGCUGAUUGGCGUGCAGUGCUCCAAGGCGGCAGGCGACAACUACACGUUAAAGGGCCGGAUCGCGGGUGCCGCCGGAGUGCUUUUCAUCCUUCAAGGCCUAUGCACAAUGGUGGCAGUGUCGUGGUAUGCUUUUAACAUCACCCAGGACUUCUUCAACCCUAUAUAUCCUGGCACGAGGUACGAGAUCGGCGAGGGGCUGUACAUCGGCUGGUGCUCGGCCGUGCUGGCCAUUGCCGGGGGCGCCUGCCUCACCUGCUCCUGCAAGAUGGCCUCCAAGGAAAAGUACCCUUUCCCUCAUCAAAGCAGGGGGACGGUUUAUUCAGGACAGGCCAGGACCAGAAGCGUGGCUGCCAGCACUUAUGGCCGAAACGCCUACGUGUGAACGAAACAGGAGCUCUUCUUUUUAUACGCAACCAAUCAUCUUUUCUAGUUUCAUUGUCAUUUUGUACACCGGUUUAGGCAGUGUUAUUUAUGUCAAAUAUUUGCAUGUGCUAUGUCAUAGAAAUGUAUUAAUUUCAUUCUUAAUUCAUGUGUUUUUCUACUUUUUUUUCUUACAAUGAUGCACAAUAAAUAAACAAAAAUAACACUUUUCUGGUGGGGUCAUUUACAGUGGGGGGCAAAUAAGUAUUUAGUCAACCACUACUGUAAUUUUCAGACUAUACGCCACUACUUUGUUCCUUUAUUUUGAAUCCUGCGGUUUAUAGUCCUGUGCGGCUUAUUUGUUAACUUAUUUGGGUCAAUAGGCAACACAUGCCUCUAAGUAUGCAUUGCAGCGCUACAGAUGUAAAUAACAAUCAUAACUCAUGUUCUGUGCUAAUUAUUUAUUCAGUUACUGUUCUAGUUGUUUCAUUAAUUCCUUGUUAUGGUAUUUGGUAACACUUUAUUUGACAAUCGCGUCAUAAGACUAUCAUAAGACAGUCAUAUUUAUGACAUGACACUAUCAUGGGCAUUACUGAAUGCUUAUGACAGAUGUCAUUAAGUGUCAUCCGGCAAAUUAUGUUAUUAAAUCCAAUUUAUGUCCAGUUUGGAUCUUGUACAUCCAUUCAAAAGUGAGAUAAUUUGCCGGAUAACACUAUAUUCGACACGGUUGAUCACAACAUACUACUCAGCAGAUUGGAACAGUGGGUAGGGCUUACUGACACUAUUCUUCAGUGGUUCACAUCCUAUUUACGUGAUAGGGAUUUCUUUGUGUCAAUCGGAAACUGUCAAUAGGAACGAACCAAAUUCACGUGUGGAGUCCCUCAAGGGUCAAUUCUUGGACCACUCUUAUUUAACAUCUAUAUGCUUCCGUUAGCUCAGAUAAUGGAACAGUAUGACCUCUCCUAUCACGCCUCUGCAGAUGACACACAACUGUACAUUUCUGUGUCCCCACAUGAUUAUAGUCCCUUAGUCUCCCUGAGUAAAUGCAUUCAUCAAAUCAAUGAAUGGAUGUGCCAGAACUUUCUCCAGUUAAAUGUGGAGAAGACAGAGGUGAUCAUUUUUGGGCCAAACAAGGAAAGGUCAAAGAUAAGCGGGCAACUUAGCACAAUGUCACUUACAGCUACAAAUCAAGUCAGAAACCUUGGCUUAAUUAUUGAUUCAGACCUAAAAUUCGUUAGCCAUCUAAAGUCCGUCACUAAAUCAGCUUAUUACCACCUAAAAAAUAUAACCAGAAUUAAGGGGCUUCUGACUCAACAAGACAUGGAAAAACUUAUGCAUGCAUUUAUUUUCAGCAGAUUGGACUAUUGCAACGGUAUAUUUACAAGUCUUGAUAGAAAAUCAGUCAGGAAGCUGCAGCUAGUACAGAAUGCUGCAGCCAUAGUCCUCACAAAUACAAGGAAGCUGGACCACAUUACACCGGUUUUGAAAUUGCUACACUGGCUUCCAGUGAGUCAAAGGAUAGACUAUAAAAUACUACAAAACACUUAAUGGCCUUGGACCAAAAUACAUGCUUGACUUGUUAGAUUCCUAUGAGACAUUUAGACCCCUAAAGUCGUCUGGAACCGGUCUUCUGCAUGUUCCAAGAACAAAGCAGGGUGAGGCAGCAUUUAGUUAUUAUGCUCCUCACCUCUGGAACAAGUUACCUGAACAUCUGAAGUAUGCUCAAACUGUUAGCUCUUUUAAAUCAGGGCUAAAAACGCUUUUGUUUAGCACUGCAUAUCCAUAACUGGCUAUAUAUUUCAAUCUACCUGCUUUCUAUUCCUCUUGUGCUUAUCUCCAUUGCUGAUUUCAAUUAUUAUUAGUAGUAGUAGUUUUUGUUUUAUUUUUAUUUCUGUUUUAUUUUUAUUUAUUUUUGUUCUAUUUGUGAUUAAAUGCGAUCUUUUGUCUUGGUUUUUACGUUGUAUUGAUUUAAAUGUGAUUUUUAUGAUCUUCAUGUGAUGUAAAGCACUUUGAAUUGCCUUGUGUUGAAUUGUGCUAUAUAAAUAAAUUUGCCUUGCCUUGCCUAUAUGACAUCUGUUAUAAGCAUUCAUG